AUGGUGACCGUAAUCAUAAGAUCGACACGGCAUUGUACCGCACAAAAACAGUACGAAGCAAGUUCAGAGGAUUUGCAACUACCGAUAUCGUUCAACGAUGGCACCAUGUUUGGUGGUGAUCCGAAAGAACGUCCCGUUGAGAUACGACCCCAGAACGGCUCACAUGUGGAGAUUUCACUGCAGCACAUCGCUACAACCGUACACGUAAGGCGUCACGGUCGCUUUCUUUCGGUUGCGAUUCGAAUACCCGAAACACUCAUCAAGGAGCAAUCGGCUGAUGAAGACCAAUUGUGUACAACGGGAUGUGCACGAAGUGAAACAGUAAGGGUGAAAGAGGCUCUCGCGAAUCCGAUAUCAUUCGCGCGAUGCCAAGGAAUCUUUCUGGCGACAAAUCCUAAAAUUGCAAUCGGUUAG